AUGCCUUUGUCAUUUGUGUCUCCUUUUAUGUUCCUUAAGGCAAUUAACAUUGUCCUGGCAACCAUUUUAGCCACUGCCAUCUCCUUUUCAGGCAACGUCCAUGCUCUUUCGGGGCAGACCGUCAUAGACUCUCCCUUAUUGACACAAAAAAUUGGCACAAAUCGCACCAUCAAGGUUGACAUCAAUGGAAAGGGAGAUUUUACCUCUAUCCAAGAAGCCAUAAAUGCCGUUCCUGAGAAUAAUUCCAGAUGGAUUAUCAUCCAUGUAAGGAAAGGAGUCUACAGAGAAAAGGUACACAUUCCAAAUAACAAACCUUAUAUAUUCAUGAGAGGGAAUGGAAGAGGAAGGACAGCCCUUGUGUGGUCUAUGAGCUCUGUUGAUAAUAAGGCAUCUGCCACAUUUACAGUAGAAUCUCCCCAUUUCAUUGCUUUUGGUAUCAGUUUCAAGAAUGAGGCUCCCACUGGGGUGGCUUUUACCUCGCAAAACCAGUCAGUGGCAGCAUUUGUAGGUGCAGACAUGAUUGCAUUCUACCACUGUGCAUUCUACAGUACUCACAACACUUUAUUUGAUUAUAAAGGCAGGCACUACUAUCACAAUUGCUACAUACAGGGCUCAAUCGACUUCAUCUUUGGACGUGCAAGGUCCAUUUUCCAUAGCUGUGAGCUGUUUGUGAUUGAAGACUUGAGGGUGAAGAUUCUUGGGUCCAUCACAGCCCACAAUAGGGAAUCAGACGAUGAUAGUGGAUUUGUUUUUGUCAAAGGGAAGGUUUAUGGUAUUGGAAAUGUUUAUCUGGGAAGAGCUAAAGGUGCCUAUUCUAGAACUGUUUUUGCAAAGGCCUACCUUUCUAAUUCCGUUGCACCCCAAGGCUGGACUAACUGGAGCUACAAUGGCAGCACAGAGAAUAUUUUCCAAGCAGAGUACAAAUGCCAUGGACCAGGUGCCUAUUCGGCAAAUCGUGCUGAGUGGACGAAACAACUCACCGAAGAAGAAGCCGAACGCUUCAUGUCCAUUGGUUUCAUAGAUGGCCAGCAAUGGCUGCCAGUUUGGCAUUGAAAUGUUAAA